AUGUCAAACUUUGUCUCGUAUCCCAAAAGAGCUUUCGAAAUGCUUUUAAAGAAUAAAAUCAGCUCCAAACCUCUCGUUCCAAAUAAAACAAGGGUAGUCGUCCAAAAAAGACGCCGGCGAUAUCGUUUGACGCCCUUCAAACGAACCCUCCGAGGCUACGCAGGUUCGGCCAGUGUCCAUGGGAUCAACUAUUUCGCUGAUAUGGGUCAACAUUGGUGUCCAAGAUUCUUUUGGUUGGUUGCCGUGCUUUUCUUUUUGAUGUUGGGUUCCUAUUGGUCAGGAUUAGACUAUCUUCAUUGGAUCAGUCACCCUGUGGUUAUCACUGCCAAGAGCUUCGGGAAACCUAUUUCCAAUUUGGAAUUUCCAGCCAUCUCUAUAUGUAGCCAAGGUUUCAAUCUUGACAUAUUGGAUAAAAUCUUGGACAACUCGAACGUGAAUAACACCUGGUUCAGGUUUAUGAUUCAAGGCAUGAUUUCUGGUGACAUGGAACGCUUCGUCGAAAGUUGUCUAUUGAGGAAAGGAAAUUUAAAAGAUUGUUUCAACAACUGGGACCAUGAUCCAUCCUUUGAAGAACCCAUUAUUGCCAAAACUCAGUCCAUUGACUUGUUUUUGAACCCAAAGCGAGUCGACGAGAAACGAAGACUUAUUCGAGACGCUCAGACAACAAUUAGGAAUCUUUUUACUGAGUAUGACAUAGAUCUCGACAAUAAGACGCUAACAGAUCUACUCUGGCACUCAAGCUUGCCCUGCUUCGAUCAAAAUCGCAUUUCAAACCACAACCAUCAGUACGAAUCACUCAAAUGGUGUUCCUGGAAAAACGUUCCUGUUCCAUGCUCAGCAAUUUUUCAAAAGUUUCCAACAAUUGAAGGUAUAUGCUGUGCAUUCAACUUAAAUGCUGCCGAUUUAUACGUCGAAAACUCUCUUCGAGAAUGGAUCUUAACCAGUCAACGAGAGGAUUUUUUGAACAGCUUUGAAAAAGCAGAAGCUUUUUCAGGGUGGCCAAGUAAUCCUAUUCCCAAGGCCGGAAAACAAAAUGGUUUAAUGGUGAUGCUUGAUGCACAUUCAGAUUCUAUAAGUGCGGGCUCAGUCAAAGACGACUUCACGGGCUUUCUGGCUUUAGUUGGCGGCGCAAAGAACAAUCCUCUCUAUCCAGAAACCAAAGUCCUUCUGAAACCGGGUCACGAAAACCUGGUCACACUGUCUGGCUUGGAAAUCACUCCGGAUUUUGAUAUCUACGUUAUGCCUCCGACAACUAGAGGUUGCUAUUUCCGCCAUGAAUUCGAACUUUGGGUUCAUAGGUACUAUUCAAGACGAAAUUGUGUCCUUGAAUGUCGUAUGAUGAAAACUUUGGAUAUGCUUCCCAAAGCCGAUCAAUGCAUUCCUUGGAACUUUCCAAACGCCUUUCCAAAUUUGACCAUGUGUAACCCAUGGCAAAAGGAGAAAUUCAUGGAAACAUUCCUUGAUAUUGCCGAAGACGUAUGUCUUCAAUGCCUCCCAGAUUGUCACGAGGUCCAAUAUUCAGCUUCUGUGACAGCAGCGCCAAUUCGGCGUUGCGAUAAGCAAAAUCUCGGAAUUUCACCGUUGUGCGACAUCAAUGUGGAAUCAUUGCCGGAUCCGCCCAUUUGGGGUUCAGCUAUCUUCGAUCAAUUUGGAAAAGAAGGUCAAGCAAUUCCCAAGCACAUCCAGCGCAAUAUUCCUCCUAAUGUUCGCUAUUCUGUAACGGAUCGGACGCCCUACAACGCUUACGAUAGAGAUAUUGCCGUUGCCGCAUUCUACUUUGAGUCCUCUACCCUAUUUGAAUAUUCACGUCAAGCUCGGAUGACUUGGAUUGAGUUUGUGGCCCAAGUGGGAGGAUUGUUGGGAUUAUGCCUGGGCCUUAGUUUUGUGUCCUUUCUAGAGGUGAUUUAUUGGUUCACUUACAAAUUCUGGGUGAAUUGGUAGAUUUCAACCGAUUGCUCGGUGUAUUGUCUAUGCGGCGAAAUUUUGUGCUUGGCGUAAUUUCUUAAUCUGAACUUGAUUGGGUUGGAGAAAUAUACCUAC